AAGGUUAAUCAUGGAUUCAUUUUGGUUUUGCUUCUGAAUAUAAAUCGUUAAAUUUACCAAUAGAUGUUCACAAAUUGAAUGUUGGUCAUUAUCGUUUAAUAAUCCAAAUAGAUUGAUACUCCAUUUAAACUGAACAAUUUUCUAUGGAUUAACUAAUCACUUGGAAUUACUUUCAACUAAUCACAAUCAAGAUUAAUCUCUUAAUCACCUGUCAAAUGAUCUCAAAAACCCUGAACAAUUGCAACUCCAUUUAAAAUAUUGAUCCUGUUGAUUUGAAUCAAUCGAGAGAUACAAAUAUACAAAUGAUUCCAAGUACAACAUUUGAAACGCUUUUCCCAAUCACAAGUUAUCGUAACAAUUUAAUCAUAAUCUAUGAUUAACUUAAAUCAAUGCACCUAAAUGAUAAUCAAAAAUGUGAGUUCAAAUUUGAAGCAAAAAAUGAUCACCAUGGAAACAGCUGAUUAACAAGUUAACAAGAAACGUAACCAAUUCAAUUGAAUUGAGUUAACUGUUGCUGUCUCACCAAUUUAACUUUAAAUUGUCAUCACUCAUCAUAACCACAAUCAACUAAUCAACCAUUUUACACAAUGGGCUUAGAAGUGUUUGCUGAUUAUCAUGAUAAAGAUAGUACCGGUCAUCCCUCUGUCGAUAUGUCCAAUCUGACCAUCUAUGGUAGUAUUAUAUGUCCAUUUGUGAGACGAGUCCUUCUUGUAUUGGCUGAAAAAAAGAUUCCAUACAACUUCAUUGGAAUUGAUUUGAUCAACAAACCUCAAUGGUAUCUUGACAUGUACCCAGCGGGCAAAGUGCCUUACCUUAAGCAGGGAGAUAAAACUUUACCUGAAUCAAUGGUAAUUGCUAAUUACCUCGAUUCAAUUUAUCCACCCACACUCCACCCAGUUGAUCCUUAUGAGAAGGCAAAAGGUUCAUUGUUAAUCGAUGAAAUAACCUCACCCUUAUUUACACCAAUUCGAUGUCUAAAAGAUUCUAGUUUAUCCAUUGAAGAGAAAAACAAAUCAAUCACUGAGAUGUUCACCAAAUUAGAAUCAAUCUUUUCCAAUAUUGGAACCAAAUUCUUACAAGGUAAUGAAAAACCUUUAUUUUCUGAUUACAUGGUUUGGCCAUUCCUGGAAAUGACCAUUCCAAUUUCAUCCUGGUUUUCCCAUCCAACAAUCAACGGUGUUGAUUCAGUUUGCUCAGCUUAUCCAUCGACUGGAAGUUACAUGAAAAACAUGAUGCAAGAUGCAAUUGUCCAGAAAGUGUCUCCAUCCUAUGACACCUUCACAGCGUAUUACGAUAAAUAUUAUCGACCAAAAACCGAUUAAUUAUCGCUCUAAUUACUUACGAUCACGAAAUUUACCUCAUCUCUUUGUUAUAAUCUCCACACCCUUGGAAUUAAAACUUUCUGAUUUUCUUUGAUGAACUAACACUGAUUGAGAAAAUUGAGUAGUUUUGAUAAUCUUCCCAAUUCCCAAUUUCAAAUGAUUUUAACAAUUGAUCAAAUCUCUUCAAUCUAAUUGCUCUUAACCAUUAAACUAAUCGUGUAUCGCCUCAAUUAACCAACACAAUUAAACUCUUACUUUUAAUAUACA